AUGCCCGAGAUCACAGUUAAGGUGAGGAAGGUCCUCAAUAACCCGCUCCUUCAGCGCCAGCAGUGUGUCGUGGAUGUACUUCACCCGGGGUGCACCUACGAGUCCAAAGAGGCCAUCAAGGCCAAAGUUGCUCAACAACUCAAGGUCGCUGACCAGAAGAAUAUUGUCCUCUACGGAUUUAAGACCUCCUUUGGUGGUGGGCACACGGUGGGGUUCUGCAACGCCUAUCAGAACAUGGACGCCCUCAUGAAGUACGAGCCAGGGUUUCGCAAGAUACGUUGCGGGCUCAUCGAGGCGCCCAAGCCUGUCUCUCGCAAGCAGCUUAAGAAUCUCAAGAACAGACGCUUGAAGAAGCGCGGUACAGAAAAGGCCACCGUGACCCUUGGUGCUAAGAAGUAA